AUGGCGGACCAAGAAGAAGAUUUCAGUUCGCUGCCGCUCCCCGAUCGCUUUGUACACAAGAACUGGAAGGUGCGGAAAGAAGGUUACGAGGCUGCCGCCAAAGAGUUCAGUCUUGCUGCCAGCGAAUCAGACCCCGUCGUGCGCCAGUUCAUAAACGAUGCGAGCAUAUGGAAAGGUGUUGUGGGUGAUUCCAACGUCGCAGCACAACAAGAAGGUCUUGGUGCACUAUGCGCUUUUCUCGACAUAGCAGGUCAACAGGGCUGUACACGGACACGGGGUAACACUAUUGCGACGAUCGCCGAAAAGGGCCUACCGUCAACACGGCCGGCAGCGAAGCAAAAGGCGCUCGAAGCGCUGAUGCUAUAUAUCGAAACCGAUAAGCCAGACCCAGUCAUCGAAGAGCUUUUGCCAGUGCUAGGAAACAAGCAGCCCAAGGUCAUUGCAGCAACCUUAGACGCCCUCGCGCAGAUAUACCAUGCCUAUGGCUGCAAAACCAUCGAGCCCAAGCCCGUCCUCAAGGCGCUUCCCAAAGUGUACGGCCAUGCGGAUAAGAACGUUCGCGCCAAGGCGCAGGAACUGACAGUCGAACUCUACCGAUGGCUAAAGGAGGCUAUGAAACCACUCUUCUGGAACGAUCUGAAGCCCGUCCAACAGCAGGAUCUCGACAAACUAUUUGAGAAGGUCAAGGACGAGCCCCCGCCAAAGCAAGAGCGACUACUUCGAUCACAGCAGGCUGCCAAGGAAGCCGCGGUCGCUGCACCAGGCGACGAAGAGGAGGAAGAGGAAGAGGAGGCUGCCAUUGAUCUUGAGCCCGAGUACGAAGCUGUUGACGUGUUUGCAAAGAUCCCCAAAGAUUUCUCUGAGAAGCUGGCAUCGUCAAAAUGGAAAGACCGAAAGGAAGCCCUCGAUGAGACGCAAAAAGCCCUCGACCACCCCAGGAUAGCCGAAGGCCCUUUUGACGAAUUGGUACGCGGGUUUGCCAAAAGUAUGAAGGAUGCAAACAUUGCCUGUGUCAUUGCAGCCGCAAACUGUGUCGAGCUUCUGGCCAAGGGUUUGAAGAAGAGCUUCGCCAAAUACCGCAAAGAUGUUAUGAACGCCAUGAUGGAGCGCCUGAAAGAGAAGAAACAGACCGUGACUGAUGCGAUCGGAGCUGCUCUGGAUGCCUCGUUCGCAUCUAUAAGCUUCCAAGAGUGCUUGGAGGAGAUUUUGGAGUUCCUGAAGCACAAGAAUCCGCAGGUCAAACUUGAAUCAUCUCGAUUCUUGAUUCGAUGCCUGAAGAACACCCGCGAAGCUCCAACACCGGAACAAGCCAAGGCCAUUGCGGAGGGCUCUACGAAACUACUUACUGAAUCGCAGGAGGUACAGCGAGCCGCUGGUGCCGAGACGCUCGGUACGCUUUGGAAAAUCAUGGGAGACCGUAUCAUGAAUGCCCAUCUGGAUGGCCUUGACGAGAUCCGCAAGACCAAGAUCAAAGAGUUCUUCGAUGCUGCGGAAGUCAAGACCAAAUACAAGCCAAAGACAGCACCUGCGCCUAAGCCUGCAGCAGCCGCGCCACCGACUAAGAAGCCUAUGGGCAAGCGACCAGCGCCGGGUGGCGUGAAGAAGCCAGCUCCUGCCGCAAAAGCACCUCCGCCUCCGCCCGUAGAAGAACCCGCUGCACCUCUCGAGCCGAAGCCAACUUCAAGACCCGCCGCGUCCAAAUUGGGCGCCAAACCCGGUCUUGCGCCUUCGAGGCUCGGUGGGCUGAAGAAGCCAGGCUCGGGUCUCACAGCUCCUUCACCACGGAAAUCAGUUGUUUCACCUCCUCCUGAGGAAGAAGCGCCGCCGCCGCAGCCCAAGUUCGGCGCUGGUCGUGGUCUCGCAGGCCGUCCUCUGGGGAAGCCUGCUGCUGAACCUGCUGCAGCAGCUUCUGCACCACAAGCGCCAACCGGCCUCAAUUUGGUGGAACGUGCGGAACUUGACGAGCUGCGGGCAGAAGUUGAAAGAGUACGACGACAGAACGAAGAUCUGCGCGGAGAGCGGACGAAGCUUACUUCACAAAUCCACGAGCUCCAGAAUCAGAACGCCCAGCUCAUCGAAGACCACACUCGCGACGUGCUUUCGAUCAAGGCAAAGGAAACACAACUCGUCCGUGCACGCUCAGACUUUGAAGCAUCUGAGCAGACAGUACAGAACCAGCGUCGCGAAAUCGAUAGGUUGAAGCGCGAACUGAGUCGGCAGCUACGUGCUUCGUCUCCACCCGCAACAGACGUUGGAGAUCAGAUUUACACAGACAACGGCAUCGGUCACACCAACGGCGCGCUAUUCGGUGAUUCCGGAUACGGCAGUCGAGCCAUGCAGCCAAGGCAGAGGAGCUUUGCUAGUGGGCCAGGAAGUCCGGGCGGCGACGGUAAGGAGAACUUUGAUUCUCUAUCUCGCCCUAGCAGUAACUUGAGUGGCAAGCUGAGUCCACGAGCAGAUGCCUCUGGUAUGUCGUCGAUGUCGUCGCGUGGUCGCAUGAGCCCAGCAGAGAACGGUGUUGCUCCUCGAAUACCUUCAGCGGGAGCUUCAGGUGCAGAAAGCUGGAAGCGCGCUGCGGAAGUCACUCAAAAUCUGAAGCAAAGGAUCGAAAUGAUGAAGGCUAAACAAGGUAUCGGUCGGCCACAGCAAUGA